CCUACUACAACUCCGGCUCCAACCACCACAACUCCAGCUCCAACCAACACAACUGCACCUACCACAACUCCGACUCCAACCACCACAACUCUAGCUCCAACCACGAGAACUGCAGCUCCCACAACUCUGGCUCCAACCACCACAAGUCUGGAUCAGACCACAACAACGCCGGCUCCAACCACCACAACUGGUGCUCCAACCACCACAACUCUAACACCAACAACCACAAGUCUAGCUCCAACCACUGAAACUUCAGAUCCCACUACCACAACUCUAGCUCCAACCGCCACAACUCCAGCUCCAACCACCACAACUGCAGGCACCACAAGUCCGACCCCAACCGCUACAACUCCAGAUCCAACCACCACAACUCUGGCUCCAACCACCACAAGUCUGGAUCAGACCACAACAACGCAGGCUCCAACCACCACAACUCCAGCUCCGACGACCACAACUGCAGGCACCACAAGUCCGACCCCAACCGCUCCAACUCCAGAUCCAACCACCACAACUCUGGCUCCAACCACCACAAGUCUGGAUCAGACCACAACAACGCCGGUUCCAACCACCACAACUGGAGCUCAAACCCCCACAACUCUAGCACCAACCACCACAACUACAGCUCCAACCACCACAACUGCACCUACAACAACUCCGGCUCCAACCACUGCAACUUCAGAUCCCACUACCACAACUCUAACUCCAACCACCACAACCCCAGCUCCAACCACCACAACUGCAGCUACCAAAAAUAAAGCUCUAUCCACGAAAACUCCAACUGAAACUACUAUAACUCCGGCUCCAACUACUACAACUCAAGCUCAAACCACCACAAGUGGAGCUCCAACCACUACAACUCCGACUCCAACUACUAAAACUCCAGCUCCAACUAUCACAGCUGAAUCCACGAGAACUCCGGCUCCAACCACUACGACUCCAGAUCCAACUUCCACAACUCCUUCUCCAAUCACCACAACUGCAGAAACAACAAGUCCAGCUCCAACCACUAACACUCUAGCUCCAACCACCACAACUCUAAUCCACGACAUCUCCGGCUCUAAACACUACGACUCUAGAUCCAACUUCGACAACUCUAGCUCCAACCACUACAACUCCGGGUCCAACCACCCCAAGUCAAGGUCCAUCGACAACAACUCCAGGUCUAACCACAACUACGCCGGCUCCAACCAGCACAACUCCUGCUCUAACUACCACAACUUCAGCCAGCACAACUCCAGCUCCAACCACCACAACUGUGGCUCCAACCACCACAACUGGAUCUCCAACCACAACAACUCUGUCUCCUACCAUUACAACUCCCGCUCCAACUCCUACAACUCAAGCUCCAACUACCAGAACUGCAUCCACCAGAACUCCGACUCUAAAAACUACAACUCCAGAUCCAACUUCAGGAACUCUAGCUCCAACCACUACAACUCUGGGUCCAACCACCACAAGUCAAGGUCCAUCCACAACAACUCCAGGUCUAACCACAACUACACCGGCUCCAAACACCACAAGUCAGGUUCCGACCACUACAACUCUGGCUCCACCUACUACAACUCCAGCUCCAACUACCACAACUGCAACCACAAAGACUCCUGCUCGAACUACUACAACUCCAACUCCAACAACCACAACCCCAUCUCCAACCAUCACAACUGCAGCUACCACAACUCCGGCUCCAACCACUGCAACUCCAGAUCCCACUACCACAACUCAAGCUCCAACUACCACAACCCCAGCUCCAACCACCACAACCCCAGGUACCACAACUCCAGGUCUAACCACAACAACUCCAGCACCAACCACUACAACUCAGACUCCAACCACCACAACUGCAGGUACCACAAGUCCAGGUCUAACCACAACAACACCGGCUCCCACCACAACAACUCCGAAUCCAACUACUACAAAACCUGCUCCAACCACUACAACUCCAGCUCCAACAACCACAACCCCAUCUCCAACCACCACAACUGCAAACAACACAACUCCAGCUCCAACUACCACAACUGCAACCACAAAGACUCAUGCUCCAAUUACUACAACUCCAGCUCCAACCACCACAAGCCCAGCUCCAACCACCACAACUGCAACCACCAAAAAUCCGGCUCCAACUACCGCAACUUCAGCUCCUGCUACCACAACUGCAACAAAAACAUCUCCUGCUCCAACUAUUACAACUCCAGCUCCAACCACUACAACUCUGGCUCCAACCACCACAAGUCUGGGUCAGACCACAACAACUCCUGCUACAACAACUACAACUCUGACUCAAUCUAUUAUAACUCCAGCCCCAACUACUGCCAUUCCAUCUCUAACCACAACAACUGCAACUCCAGCUUCAACCACUGCAACUCCAGAUUCCACUACCAAAACUCCAACUCCAACAACCACAACCCCAUCUCCAACCAUCACAACUGCAGCUACCACAACUCCGGCUCCAACCACUGCAACUCCAGAUCCCACUACCACAACUCAAGCUCCAACUACCACAACCCCAGCUCCAACCACCACAACCCCAGGUACCACAACUCCAGGUCUAACCACAACAACUCCAGCACCAACCACUACAACUCAGACUCCAACCACCACAACUGCAGGUACCACAAGUCCAGGUCUAACCACAACAACACUGGCUCCCACCACAACAACUCCGAAUCCAACUACUACAAAACCUGCUCCAACCACUACAACUCCAGCUCCAACAACCACAACCCCAUCUCCAACCACCACAACUGCAAACAACACAACUCGCGCUCCAACUACCACAACUGCAACCACAAAGACUCAUGCUCCAAUUACUACAACUCCAGCUCCAACCACCACAAGCCCAGCUCCAACCACCACAACUGCAACCACCAAAAAUCCGGCUCCAACUACCGCAACUUCAGCUCCUGCUACCACAACUGCAACAAAAACAUCUCCUGCUCCAACUAUUACAACUCCAGCUCCAACCACUACAACUCUGGCUCCAACCACCACAAGUCUGGGUCAGACCACAACAACUCCUGCUAUAACAACUACAACUCUGACUCAAUCUAUUAUAACUCCAGCCCCAACUACUGCCAUUCCAUCUCUAACCACAACAACUGCAACUCCAGCUUCAACCACUGCAACUCCAGAUUCCACUACCAAAACUCCAGCUCCAACCACCACAACUGCAGUUACCACAACUCUGGCUCCAACCACCACAAGUCUGGGUCAGACCACAACAACUCCUGCUCCAACCACUACAACUCUCACUCAAUCUAUUAUAACUCCAGCUCUAACUACUACCAUUCCAUCUCCAACUACCACAACUGAAACUCCAGCUUCAACCACUGCAACUCCAGAUCCCACUACCACAACUCUAGCUCCAACCACCACAACCCCAGCUGCAACCAC